UUGAAAUUUGAGGAGACCAUGGAGCAUUCCCCCACAGAAGAAGGUCAAAAGAAGGUCUAAUUCAUGUCCCUUUUUUGUGCAUGGAGUGCAGCCACUCCUUCAAAUUUCCUCAGCUUUCAACGUGCACAUGUACAGCAAACUUGGAUCGAACGAUCGCAGUCUAUGAUUUUGUUCCAUGGCGUGAUUUGGUUGGAUGCGUUCUGACGCAAAUAAAAAAAAAAGCAAUGGCAUAACGUAUUGUAAACUUAACCCGUAGGCCAACUUAUUGCUUUUUAGUUUGCUUCCACCACCAAUCCGCUGCAUCCUAAACAGCCAAAUCAAAGGUUUUCAGCUUAAGAGUUGAAAUUUCUUCAAGAUAUUGUCACGAAAGGAAAUGUCGGAUACUACCUGAUACUCUAUUAAGGGGCAUUUCCUAUUGGUAGCAUUGCUGGUAACAAGUGACAUCAGUUGAGUCAGCCACAAUGGAUGGAAACGGACAAAACACUUGCGUCAAGUUCUUGAAGACGCUUAGUCGAAAGAAGCAGUUUAGCCCAGAUGAAGACACGUAUUCGACGCCUUUACGACGUUACCUGAGCACUAUCGACCUGACUUUCCUUGGCAUUGGUUCCAUGUUUGGUGCCGGGUUGUAUGUCCUGACUGGAACCGUUGCCAAGGAAUAUGCCGGUCCUGCCGUGUUUAUUUCCUACUUCAUCGCCGGUCUGGCUUCCUUGUUCGCUUCGUUGUGCUAUGCAGAGUUCUCGUGUCGGAUUCCAAGGACCGGUUCUGCGUACCUGUUCACUUAUGUCACGAUUGGUGAGCUGUGGGCAUUCCUUAUCGGAUGGAACAUGAUCCUCGAGUACACUGCUUCUGCUGCUUCGGUUGGACGCUCCUUCAGUGGUUACAUCGAUGAGCUAUCGAAUGGAGCUUAUUCGAACUUCACAAUAACCUACGUAAUGGGGAAUAAAACAUGGGACGUACCAUUUAUAGCCCCAUAUCCUGAUAUCCUGGGAGCGGCAUAUUGUCUAUUUGUCAUGAUCUUUGUUCUCCUUGGGGUAGGAACAUCAUCGACCUUGAACAAUAUCUUCUUAGUGGUUAAUGUUAUUGUCGUAGGAAUCAUUGUCGGGUUGGGUGCAAAGUAUGUGAAUAUAGAGAACUGGGAAGGACCAGGUGGAUUCACUCCAUAUGGUUUUAAGGGGGUUAUAACAGGAGCAGCGACGUGUUUCUAUUCAUACGUUGGUUUCGACGUCAUUGCAAUAUCUAGUGAGGAGACUCUUAACCCUAGAAAAAGUAUACCCAUCGCAAUGGUUUCAUCUAUUGUUAUCAUAACAAUCUUAUACAUGAUUCCAUCAGCAAUACUGACAUUGAUUAUACCAUAUUGGAAACUUAAUGCCGCCUCCGCCUUUUCGCAGGCCUUCCAAUACAAUGGUGUCCUAUGGGCCGAGUGGGUGGUUGGGGUUGGAGCCAUAUGUUCUACCUUUACUUGUAUCUUAACGUCCCUCUUUUGUCUGCCUCGAUCCCUGUACGCGAUGGCAUCAGAUGGACUGAUAUUUGAAUUCCUUGCCACAGUCAACAGCAGGACCCAGGUACCUGUCACCGCCGGGAUCAUAUUCGGAUUCUUCGUUGCCCUCCUAGAUAUAUUUUUCACCUUAGUAGACCUUGUCGCGUUUCUAUCGAUCGGUGUUCUCUGUGCCUAUGCCAUUGUUGCAGCUUCAAUAGUGGUGUUACGCUACAGACCUGGUGGCUACAACAUCAACGUCAGCAUCCACGAUUCCUUUUUAAGAGAUCAGUACGACGCAAAAGGUGACAAUCACAAUCUGAUGCCCUUGGAAUAUCCUCUGCGCUCGGCAUCAUCGGCAGAUCCCAUCGUGACCCACACGGAUAAUGCCUAUGAUCUCCAUCUUGCUGGGACUCUAAUAGAAAAAUACAGAGGAUGGCCCAUCAUAUGGCGGCUCUAUGGCUACACACCGGGAAAGGUCGUCUUAGUGGCCCUUCUUGUAGGAGUCCUAUUUGGAGUCGGAGCCAUCGCCAUUGUUCUCCAUGGAUACGAGUAUUUAGCUGCUUGUGACUGGUGGGCCAUCCUCCUUUUGAUUUCGACGUCCAUUGUGAGUUUGACCUGUUUUAGUUUGAUACCUCUGCAUUACCAGAACGACCCGGGUCAGCAGUUCAGUGUUCCCUUUGUCCCCUUGGUACCUAUUCUGAGCGUUCUUCUUAAUUGUGGAUUGAUGCUUAUGCUUACUCUUAUCACAUGGAUCCGGUUCUUUGUAUGGAUUGCCAUAGGUUUGUUGAUAUACGCCCUCUAUGGAUAUAAACACAGUAAAGUGGGACAGAAGGCGAGACAAGAGGCCGAGGAAGCACAGAGCGGCUCAUCAACUAGUCCAACGCCCUCUUACGGCUCUCUACAGAACGAUAGAAACGGUAUCUUGACGCCAAGCUGAUAGAUGCAGUGUCCGUAGAAAUGAAAUAGAAAAUAUACUUUAUCUGUCGUUUGAAUAAACGCAUU